GUCAUGUUUAAUUUAUCUACCAACUCAACAAAGCUUCCUCUAAAUUUAGUUUAAACAUAACUGAAUGGCCAUGAGUUUUUAGGCGUCCCUCCUGGCUUUCAUGCUAAAGCGCAGCUUGCUCUGAAAAGUACGCUUGAUCACUAUUUGGACAAUGAGAAGUUAGAGACGGCGGCUUAAUGCUGCGCCGGCUGCUCGGCUUCUUUGGCUGCGGAAAGCCUUCGGCCGCCAGCAAGGAGCGAAAGUAUCAGGCGGGAGCUGAUAGUCCUCCAGCCCAGGAGCAGUCGGGUGCGGUGCAGGGGGAGGGCACCCAGAGCAUUUUCGAGCUGGCGUACAGCUUGCUUAAGGCGAAGACGGAGGCUUUGCUAGCAAACGACCAGGCUUUACUCAGCAACGAGUAUAACAGCUUGCUGGAAUGCGACGUCCUGGAGACUGUCGAAGCUGCAGAGCAAACCAACAACGCCGGCAAGAACCGCUACUUCAACGUGUUACCGUUUGACUAUAACCGGGUUAAGAUAAAGGGAGAGGAUGGCCAGGAUUACAUCAACGCAAGCUUGGUGCAGAGCGGGCCAGCGGAGUCCCCCAGCUGGUGCUAUAUAGCUGCUCAGGGGCCACUGGCGUCCACAGUUGACGACUUUUGGAAGAUGGUAUUUGAGAACAACUGCUCCAUACUGAUCAUGCUCACCCGCACCGUGGAGAACAACCACAUUAAGUGUGCGGACUACUUCAACCAGAGGCCUGGGGAGACUGCCAAGUUUGGCCCAUACCGCGUGACGACAACGGACGUGCAGGAAGUGAGCCCCGACAUUACUAAACGAACCCUUAAGCUUAAACUCUACACGACGCAGGAGGUUCAUGAGGUGACCCACUAUCACUACCACCGCUGGCCCGACUUUGGGGUGCCUGAAUCGACGGAGCCCAUCCGUCGACUGGUGCGGAUCCUGUGGCAGAGCCGGAGCAACCAGGAAACAACCGUAGUGCACUGCAGCGCUGGAAUCGGGCGGACGGGGACGCUGAUGGCGAUUGACGUGGUGCUGCGGCGGCUAUGGGCCAUGGCGGAGCAGUCGCCGGCACCAGCGACCGAGGACGUAAAAGCGGCCAUCGAAUUGCCUGCAGUCGUACACACGCUUCGCAAGCAGCGGAAGGGCAUGGUCCAGACGCUGGAGCAGUAUUACUUCUGCUAUGAGGCGCUUCUGCACGA